CGCACACACACACAAACACACACAAACAAAAACAACGACACGACGACGUGGAGCGCCUUUUCUUGUCUUGUCCUGCUGUCGUCCUGCACCAUCACCACACACGCCCACACGCACACACACACACGCACACACACGCACACACACACACGCACGCACGCACACACGGCGCGGUGGUGUUGUGGUUCGCAGGUAGCACAAGGGGCAUCAGGCUCUCCAUACGUGGGGCUCUUCUUUCGUUACCAUCCGCAGUAGUGACCAUCGACAACAACCCCAGAUCAACAGCACGCGGAUACACACGCCGCGCAUUUAUUCCGCACCAAGACACAAUCGCGCCCACAACACACUCGACGAGGACACGACAAUGGACUGCUGGGACGACGAUCUGUUUGCGGCGCCGCCGAGCGACUCGCACCCGCUGCGCUGCGCCAUCUGCCAGUGCAUAAUGAAGAAUGCCGUGCAGUGCUCGAAUCAGCACUGUUUCGGCGAGGGGUGUCUAAAGAAAGCGCUGGAGCGAGUGAGCGAGUGCCCCAUCUGUCGCGAGACGCUCACCACAACGACCAUGCAGCCAGCCAGCCUGGCGCGAUCGCUGGUGGACACGCUGCUCGUGUACUGCGGGAACAAGACAGAGGGAUGCUUGAUGCAGAUUCCGCUCGAGAAGAAAUCGUCACACGAGGAGGAGUGCGGCUACCGAUACGUGAGCUGCCCAAACGACGGGUGCCGCAAGCGCAUGUACCAGAAAGACCUCGCAUCACACACGCUCACGUGCGAGCACAGGCGCAUGCCGUGCGACGUGUGCAAGUGCGAGCUGUCAGUGUCCGAUGUGCACUCGCACGCGUGUCUGACGUCGCUCACCACGCGGCUGGCAUCUCUCGAGAACACGGUCACCUCUCUGAAGAAGCAGCUCAAGACAGAGCAGGAGCAGCGCUCUGUAUUACAGACCCUCCUCACCGACAUGCUGGCAUCGGGGGAUGCGCGCCCAGCCAUGUCCAAACCCGCACCAUCGUCGGCAUCCCCGCGCACUCGCGAUCUUGGCCUCACCCUCGAGGUGCAGAAGCGCACACGCAAGGAUUCACCAAGGCCGGCUGUCGGGGACGUGGUGCAGAGCCGUGAUCCGGCAUCGCACCCGCCCGAGGGCUCGCUCUCCAACGCAGCGGGCUGGAUUGUCAUUGACGAGCACGACCACCAGCCGUUCCAGAUCCACAGCUUCCUCAACAAGACAUACUGGUACCGCGAACGUGAGGUGUCAUUUGUUGCGCAUCCAAACGACAUUGUGACGCGGGAGAAUGCCAUCGUUGGUGUGCCUGUUGUCCGCGGGCCCCACUGGAAAUGGGGCGACCAGGGCGGCACGUCGUACGGGUUCAUUGUUGAGUCGGCAGCGUCGCGUGGUGAUGGCUGGUGCAAGGUCAAGUGGCGCAACAACCUCGUGGCAAGCUACCGUGUUGGUGCCGAGGGCUCCUAUGACCUCACUGUCGCCGAUAUGAGAAGGCUGGCUCGGCCAUCGUGAACGCACGUGCACGUGUUGGUACAUGUUUGCUUGAUUGUCGUGUGUGAUUGUUUUGUUGGGUUGUGAUCUGUGAUGCGUUUGUGGAUGCAUUUGGGCAUGUUGCACACGCGCUUUGGUGUGUCUGUGUGUCUGUGUCCGUGUGUGUCUGUUUGUCUGUGUGCAUUUG